AGGAGGGGCUUGGCGGGGAGACGCGGCUCGGCCCGCUUGGAUCCCCCGGGACCCCCGGGACCCCCGGCCUCUAUCGCUCCCGGCUUCCAACCCCCCCGGCUCCAGGUUUCCCCUUGCUCGGGGCCCCACCGGCUCCGGGCCCCUGCCGUUACCGGGACCCCUCUCGGCUCCGAGCUUCCUCAGCUCCGGGACCCCCGACUUCCAAUCGCGCCCUCUCCCGGCACCGGGAUCCCCAGCCUCCAACCCCGCCGGUUCCGGGACCCCCCGACUUCCAACCCCCUGUCUCCCGGCCCUGCCCGCCCCUGCCCCUCUCCCUCUGCUGUAUCCGCGGGUGUUUUCGAGCAGCUCCAGCCCAGGGCUGAGGUUCUGUGUCUCCUGCCCGGGUCACUGCACGGAUCGAAAAGGCCUGGAGAGGUUUUCCGUAAUUCCCGUGGCAGUUUACUGCCUUACCACAACAGAAACUAUGCGGGAAAGGAAGUUCUAUCAAAGUGUGUUCCACUAUGAAGUAAAUAGAGGAACAAACUUUCUCACGUGUCUUAGAUGUGCACAGGAAAGCUUUGUAUCCAGAGCAGUGCUCGAAAGACAGAACGAGAAACACAGUUUCAAGCAAAUUAGGCGGAAACACUGUGAGUUAAAGUGAAAUGUUAAAUUCUCGACCAGGUUGAGGCAAUGAACCAGCUCAGUGAAGGGAAACAGAGGAGACACGUUCUAAAUUUAUUCCUGCACAUGAGCUGUUUGAUUUGUGGGAGGGACUGGGAUCCCAAAACGGAAACUGGGAGCUUUGCAAAAGGAGGUUUCCUGAAAUCACCAUCUUAGAGAGAACUAGUAUUUCCUUGGGUUGUUGCCUGGAAUGCUCAUCACUUGAGCAUGAGGACUGUUCUGUUUACCUGGUAAUUAUGAGGGAAUUCCUGCUUUGGGGAGAGGGAAUGGAAGGAAAAGUGCUCUGAAUACACUCAAGAAUAUUCUCAGUGAACAAACAAACUUAAUGGGAGUUCUUUGGCAUGAUGCUGUUAUAUCAGGAAUUUGCUCAAUGCCUAUUUGCCCCUCUGCACAUCCACUGCCCGGUGUCCCAGCGCCGCGCGUGCUCCGCACACUGCCCGGCCCCCGCAGUCAAGCCCCGCUAGACCCCGCACCCCAGGCAAAGCCGCUGCAGCUCCGGGAUCAAACGCACGAGCUCCCCGUCUCGAUGUUGCCUCGCUUUCCACGCGGUCCCAGCACGUCCUGCCUCGUCUCCCAGCGCUGCCCCGGCUGCCCGCCCGCCUCUUGUGGGGGCCGGGGCGGCCCGGGAGGAGGAGCCAUCGCCUCCUCGCUUCCUCCGCCCGUCUCCGCCGGGUGGGUCUGGUGCGUGGCACAGCUCCGGCAGCCCCGGAGUCGCCCGGUCCGUCUCGCAGGCAUUGCUGCCGGUCAGUGUCAGCUCCUGGAGCGGGGUCCGGGCGGGGAAGCCGCCUCCAUGGUGCCUCCGGCGAUGCUGCUGCUCUGGGCGGUGCUGGCCCUGCUCGGGGCGGGGGGUGGCCGUGCCUCCCAGCAGGAAGAAAACCUGCUGGUUCUGACUGUUGCCACCAAGCAGACUGAAGGAUUUCAACGCUUCAGAAGAUCAGCCCAAUUCUUCAACUACAAAGUGCAGGUGCUGGGGCUGGAUGAGGAGUGGCAGGGUGGAGAUGACCAGCAGCCAGCUGGAGGUGGGCAGAAGGUCCGUCUCCUGAAGUCAGCUCUGAAGCAGUAUGUGGAUAAGGAGGACUUGAUCAUCCUUUUUGUAGAAAGCUAUGAUGUGCUCUUUGCUUCGGGCCCCACAGAACUGCUGAAGAAGUUCAAACAAGCCAAGAGCAAGGUGGUUUUCUCAGCAGAGAAUUACAUCUAUCCUGACAGAAAGCUGGAAGCCAAGUAUCCUCGGGUGCGAGAUGGAAAGCGCUUCCUGGGUUCUGGAGGCUUCAUAGGUUAUGCUCCAAACCUGAAGAAGCUUGUGGAGGAGUGGAAAGGACAGGACAAUGACAGUGACCAGCUCUUCUAUACAAGUAUCUUCUUGGAUCCAGAAAAAAGAGAAAGUAUCAACAUCAGUCUAGACCACAGAAGCCGGAUCUUCCAAAACCUAAAUGGAGCAUUAGAUGAGAUAGUACUGAAGUUUGAAAACUCACGAGUGAGAGCAAGAAACUUGUUAUAUGACACUCUGCCUGUGGUGAUCCAUGGAAAUGGACCCACCAAGCUGCAGCUGAACUACCUGGGAAACUACAUUCCUCAAAUAUGGACAUUUGAGACUGGCUGCACGGUGUGUGACGAAGGUCUGCGAAGCCUCACGGGGUUUAAGGAUGAGGCAUUGCCAAUGAUUCUGAUUGGCAUUUUCAUCGAGCAGCCCACCCCAUUCCUCUCCCAGUUUUUCUUGCGGCUUCGUAACCUUCAUUACCCAAAGCAACGAAUCCAGCUCUUUAUUCACAAUCAUGAGGAACAUCACUUGAUGGAGGUAGACUCUUUUGUAGAAGAGCAUGGCAAAGAAUAUCUCACUGUCAAAGUGAUCGGACCAGAGGAUGAGAUGGAGAAUGCUGAGGCACGUAACUUGGGCAUGGAUUUGUGCAGGAAGGAUCCUGACUGUGACUAUUACUUUAGCCUGGAUGCUGAGGUAGUUCUGAAGAACACAGAGACUCUGAGGAUCCUGAUUGAACAAAACAAGCUGGUGAUUGCCCCCCUGGUAAGCCGUCAUGAGAAGCUGUGGUCCAAUUUCUGGGGAGCGCUGAGCCCUGAUGGAUACUAUGCCCGCUCAGAAGAUUACGUGGAUAUUGUUCAAAGGCGGAGAAUUGGGCUUUGGAAUGUUCCCUACAUCAGCAGUGUUUACAUGGUUAAAGCCAAGGCUCUGCAUUUGGAGCUUGACCAGGGAGAUCUGUUCCACAGUGGCAAGUUGGAUGCUGACAUGGCUUUCUGCCACAACGUUCGGAAUCAGGGAGUGUUUAUGUACCUGACAAACCGGCAUCAAUUCGGACACAUACUGUCUCUGGAGAAUUACCAGACAAGUCACCUCCACAAUGAUCUCUGGCAAAUAUUCAGCAAUCCUGAGGACUGGAGAGAAAAGUACAUCCAUGAAAACUACACAGCAGCUCUGAAAGGGAAAUUGAUAGAAAUGCCCUGCCCAGAUGUUUACUGGUUCCCCAUAUUCACUGACACUGCCUGUGAUGAGCUGGUGGAAGAAAUGGAACAUUAUGGCCAGUGGUCCACAGGUGACAACACGGACAGCAGAAUACAAGGAGGAUAUGAGAAUGUGCCAACUAUUGACAUACACAUGAACCAAAUUGGCUUUGAAAGAGAAUGGUAUAAGUUUCUUCUGGACUAUAUUGCACCCAUCACAGAGAAACUGUACCCAGGAUACUACACCAAGACCCAGUUUGAACUGGCCUUUGUGGUUCGCUACAAACCUGAUGAGCAGCCAUCCCUAAUGCCCCACCAUGACGCGUCCACCUUCACCAUCAACAUUGCCUUGAACAGAGUUGGCAUCGACUAUGAGGGAGGAGGCUGCCGGUUCCUGCGCUACAACUGCUCCAUUCGAGCUCCACGGAAAGGGUGGACCCUUAUGCAUCCAGGACGCCUGACCCACUACCAUGAAGGUCUUCCAACCACCAAAGGAACCCGCUACAUCGCAGUGUCCUUUCUUGACCCCUAGAGUCAUGUUUCCCAGGAAGGACCUUUCCCUGGCCCUGCUCACUGCUGACUUUGAGUGGAAAGAGGGAACGCUGCUGAGAGUUUCUAAGGCAUUGUUCAAAGCUAUUUGGAUAUUGAUUUUUAUAUGAUUUUUAAUAUGAUUUUUAAUGAUAUUCUAAGACUUCACUACUGGAAGAUCUCCCUCUGAUACUGCAGGUAAUAUCUAGGAAUAUUGCUGUAGAAGUCCAAAGGAGAUUUUGUGCCUUCAUUUUUGAUUCUGCUCCUCAUCCACUGUUUCUUGAAUGUGCCAUUUACUUGAACCUUCAUCACUGAUUGAUUUGCUUUAAAAAAUGCUUUUUUGGACUGGAAAUCCAGCUUUUUGGAGUUACAAGUUACAAGCUGGAAGCCUGUUGUCAUCCACAGCAUAUAUGGGACUGGAUGUUAGACAGUAAUUCCUGGCCAUUAUUCCAAAUAUAAAUCAAUCAGGGAGCUGACUCCACGAGUCAUAACAGUUAAAUGUCACUCCAGAUGAAACUGAAUAGUAAGAGCCUGAAGAUCAUCUGAUUCCUUAACUCUUUGCUGUCCUUGCAAGCAAAUCACAAAGUUCAAAGAAGCAGCAGUGACAACAUAGGUGCUUCUGAUUAGCUAAAGGAAGGUCCUCUGAUGAUGCUUUACCUCUGGGAUUAGACUGAAGAGAUAAAAGCCCCCCCACCUUCUGUUUCUCCGCUAAGAGCAGCAGACAUACCCACACAAAUUCAGGCCAUGUCAAUAUGUAGAGUAAAUCUAAGAAAGGUAAGGCUGGGAACCACUACAUCAGUCAGGAAGGCUUAAUUGCAGAAUUGUCUCUGUUCUAUACCAUGUUACAAUUAUCAAAAGCUCUGAUUAAUCUCUGGAUAAAAACCCAGAGGUCCUAGUGGUCUUUGGUGGCCUCAUUCCAGUUGUCAGAGAUAGUUUUGAUAAUUUUCUUUGAUGGCCCAUUCACAUUAGAUGGAAAGAGCUGUUCUCUGGUUCUUAGAGGAAAUAAUUAUUCAGUGUUUCUAUUAUUUGAGAUUGAAAACCAAAAGACUCCAUUGCAGAAACUUCUCCAGUGGGGUCAAGGCUGAUAGAAAUGAGUGGCUAGGAAAUGCUGAGAGAUUGUGAACUAGUAGGUGUAAAAAUAUGUCUAGACUAGACCUGUGGUUAGAGAGGUGUCAGGAAAAUUAAUCCACAAGCAACAGAGGUUUAUGUCCAAAAAGGAGACAGACAAGUCCCAUAGCUUUAUUCAUGAAUAAAGGGAGAGGCCAUGGGGCAUUCCCCUGGGGUCUCUCAAAUUGUUAGAGGA